AUGGCCUCUCCAGUCAUCGACGAGAAGGCAGGCAUGCCUACCGUGCCAUUGACGGUCCGCACCGCAACCCACGUCUCAGAUCACUCCUCUCAUGACUCCGACACACUCACUCCCACCGCCGAGAAGAACGGCCUCAGCAUCGAUAUGGUGCGAACCUCGGAGGCGUCGACUCCGAGCACACGCAACUGCAAUAAUCCCUUCGACACAGACAUCGAGGCAAUGGUCACCUCUUCCAGCGAGCAGCAGUUCAACAGCAGGAAAUCGCUGCGCUGCAGCAAGCUGGCGACCAAUGACUGCGAGAUGUGGCCUGGCAAGGACCACUGGAAACGAAAGGCCAAGGCUGCUAAGAUGAAGCGAUCGUGCAAUUGCCUGGCACACCUCAGCAAGAGGAACCGAAUUAUCGUUAAGAUCCUGAUCGGACUUCUCAUAAUUGGUAUUGCCGUCGGUGUUGGCGUUGGUAUUUCCAAGCCUCUGGGAGCUGGUAUCUGGCACCCUAAAGAUUCCUGA